AUGACCAUUGUUUCGACGAUUAUUAGUGAGACGAUCAAAAUGGCUGAUCCAGCGUCAAAUACGGAUUUGGAGGACGGAGAAAUCGAGAGCGAAGGAGAGACAACUGAAAAUGUAAAUGAAGAAGAAAAGAAGGUUGACGCCGUUCCCACAAAAGAAGAGGAGGAAGCUAAAGACGACAAUGAUUCACAAAACUUUUAUUAUUCUAAAUCAGGUAAGAAGAAAAAGUCGAAGUCUAGUAAGGGUGAACAAAAGUAUAAAGAAAAAAGUAAAAAAUCACGUAAAAACGUCAACCCAAUGGAAGACGAUUUUGCUGGAAAUAUUGAGAAAGCUAUUCGAAAGGCGAUGAAUAAAAAUGAAGAGAGCGAUGGCCACGAAGAUGACCUGGAGGAACGACGCAAGCACAAGAAACGAAAGAAAUACGAAAACAAGGAUGGGCCAAGUAAAAAACGUAAAAAGCAAGAGUAUUCUGAUGAAAUGGACGAAAGUGAAAUGAUGUGCGUUCGUGGUGCAUCACCAGUACACAAACAAUCACAAGAUGAUGGUUUUCAGGAGGAUGAGCAAGAUUCCUAUGAAUCUGAUAGUAGUCACGAUUCCAGAGAUCAUCAUCAGCGUAGGCACCGAAAUCAGCAACGAGAUAGAACAAAAAACAAAAAUGAACGCAGGAGAGGAGGAGUUGGAGGAAACCAUAAUAACACACAGGAGUCCGAUGGUGUAUGCUCUUACUUUAUGCAAGGAAAAUGCCACAAAGGUGACGAUUGUAUUUAUUCUCACGAUGCUCAACCUCCUCGGAAAAUGGAGCUCUGUAAGUUUUAUUUGAUGGACUGUUGUGCGAAAAGGGAUAAAUGUUUAUAUAUGCAUGCUGAUUUUCCAUGCAAAUAUUACCAUACAGGUCUUCCGUGUCUAUAUAAAGACGACUGUAAAUUUGCACAUGGCAAACCAUUAAACGAUAAUUUAAAAAGUAUAUUGCUUAAGCAUAUUGAAUCGGCACCGAAAGAAAUUUUGGGUGAUUUCCCAAGAUUAAAUCGUGAUGAUGCAAUGAAAAUGAUUCAAACGACACAGUUGAAACUUAAGCAACAGUAUCCCGAAGAUUCUGAGAGUCAAGAUAAGACUAUACCAUCGCUAUUUGAAAUUAAUAUCCCUAACCCACAAAACAAUCCCGACAUCAACAAUUGUAUUAAUAGUUUUAAUAACGAGAGACCAAAUAGAAUAUCACCGAAAGUUCGACAGUCGCGAUGGCAAAACGAUAAUAAUAGUAAUCAAAAUCUAUCACCAAGUCAUAACACUACCGUUUCUAGCGUCUUAAGUAUAAAAAAUUUAACUGGCGUCUUAACGCCUCGACAAAUAUCGGACCUCACAAAAUUAGGCAUUGACAAUUUAGAUCAGUUGGGACAACUUACAGUAUUGCAGCUAAAUAGUAUCGGUAUAUCUCUAAAACAAAUAACCGAAAUACAACUUAACACGAUGAGUAUACAAAAACUUGGCCUCAUUAAUAAUUCCGAUCAACAGACACCGUUUCUCGGAUCGAGUUCUAGUACUAAAGAUUUAGAUUUACGCGUACCGCCAAUGAUUCCUGUUUCAAAUAGUACUUCUAUUCCGACGAUGCUGCCAGGGCAAGACGUCGAUAUGCGCUUUCAACCGUCUAUCACUGCGAAAAUGAACGAAGAUUCAAAUAGUACACUGAAAAAAGAUCAGCCACCUAAAGAUACGAUCGACAUUGAUCAAUAUACUAAAGAUGCAUUAAAAUUCGCCCUAAAAGAUAAAGAGAAUAUUGACAUGUCGAAUGAUACAUAUGAAGUCGAAAAUCCGGUUACCUCAAACGAGACUAAAGACGUAGAUCAUAGAGUGCUUCCUUUUAGUGAUGACAAUUCGAAGUUAGUUAUACAUAAUGUUGAGGAAAAUCAUGUUCGCAGGGAAGGUGACACGGACAUUCGAUUCCUGCAACCAGAUCCCAUAUUUAAAAAUCCAGCAAAACGAAAUCGGCGUUCUACCACGGACGACGAUGAAGAUAACAACUUGCUGAUCGAUGAGAAGUGGUAUUCGAGCGAUGAAGAAAAGGGAACAAAAAAGAGAUCUCCAAGUGCGUCACCGCAAAAAGGUUUCAUGUCUCCGCCUAAUCCAGCUCCGCCUGUCAUUGAGCCUUUAUCUGUGUUAAGUAAACUAGGGGAUCUAUCGAAGAUUGAUAUCAGCGAGGAGGUUACGAAACUUUUAAAUACUAUGAAGAACAAUUUACCGACAACAGAAAACGUUACUAAUGUAGCCGAUUCGAUUUCCUCACGCGAUCCGCGGUCAAGACGUUCUCCCGACAAGGGCAUCGAGUCGCCCAAGUCGAUUCCCGCGAAGAAGCCAGCUAGGGUAUCCAUUUACGAAUGUCUCGACGGUGAGCCGACCGAUGGACGUCGAAGAAGUGACGUCGAUCUCAGGAAACCAGAUUUCAAACCCACCUUAAGCGAUACCGACUUACGACAAAGCGGUAGUCUCGAUAUCGACUUAAGAUUAGGCUUGCCAUUUAAAGCUAUACCCAACUAUACACCCGCGUCUGAAAUAAACGGUUCGAUAAACAACCACCCGCCUAUUCAAUAUAAACUAGUUCUUAUUCAUAUACCUCGACCCGAUUAUACAGAUAUCAAAAACAGUACAGCGAAAUCGCAGGCUUUAGUCGAUCCGCGGUUACGAAAAGUAUUCAGACUAUCUACAGAAGAAUCCGGUAGUGACACCGAGAAACCCGCCGUUGCGGCCCCCGUUAGCACCGGGCCGAGGGUCGACCCUCGAAGGAAGCCAAAGGAACCCAUAGAAAGUGUUAAUAUCGAACCGAAAACGAACGGUCUAGAGUUGCAAACGAUAUUGCAAAACUCAAACUGGUACAAAGAUUUGAGUACGACGCAAAAGAUAUUCGUUAACCAGCAUUUGGCGCCCGUGACGCAGCAGAUAAAACAGUUCCAUCAGGAUAGAACGCCUGGGAAGAAGUUCGAUCUAGCGUCUAUACAGAGCAAUAAUGUCCUCUGCAGUAUAUUCACCAAUUUGGGCGUCACGCUCGGGGAGAACGCCGAAUUUUCACAGCUGCCGAAGCCGAAGGAGGCCUUGUUGAAAACUCCUAUUAAUUUCAAUCAAAAUCCCAAUCCGUUCGCCGUUUCGAAUAGUAUGAACUCGCCAUCGGGUGGGAUGGAACCCAAUAUGAAUAUGAUGAACGUUCCACCCAUGGGUAUGGGCGGGAUGAAUAACAUGAACGUGGGACAUAUGCAUUAUAACCAGCCCUUAUCGGAUCCCAGGAACGGACCCACGCCGGGUCUCUUAGGUAUCGCUCCUAACAUUCCGCAUAACUUUAAUAACAAUAAAUUUGGGCCUCCCAAUAACUUUGGAAACAUGGGUUAUAACGGGCCGGGGAAUGACUUUAAUUUCAUGGAUGGAGAUCAGAACUUCCAGCGGUUUCCACACCGAGGCGGCCACAGGGGGCGCGGUAACGACAGGUGGAAUCGCGGUGGCUCCAACCGCGGGCAAAGGGAUCGAAAGAACUUCGACCGCGGUAAUUGGAAGAAGUGA